ACAAAGUGUAAAGUUUACAUAGCACAGACCGGUAAGAUGGCGGAAGCAAGUGGCGAAAUUUUGGAAUUCGAGCCUUCUAUACGAAAUAUCAUUGAACAGACGUCAUUAAAAUGGGUUUUUGUUGGUGGCAAAGGAGGAGUAGGAAAAACUACGACAAGUUGCAGUUUAUCAGUGCUGCUGUCGAAGGUAAGGGAGACUGUCCUCAUCAUAUCCACAGACCCAGCACACAAUAUUUCCGAUGCCUUCAAUCAAAAGUUUUCAAAAGUUCCUUCACUCGUCAAAGGAUUUAACAAUCUCUAUGCAAUGGAGAUAGAUCCAAAUCUUGGUAUAUCAGAGCUCCCAGAUGAAUACUUUGAACAAGAUGUAAUGAGUAUGGGUAAACAAGUUGCACAGGAAUUACUUGGUGCCUUUCCUGGUAUUGAUGAAGCAAUGAGCUUUGCUGAAGUUAUGAAAUUAGUAAAAAGUAUGAACUUUUCUGUGGUUGUGUUUGAUACAGCCCCUACUGGUCAUACUCUACGACUGCUCUCAUUCCCUACUGUUGCAGAGAAAGGACUUGGUAAAUUACUACGUCUGAAAAAUCAAGUGGGACCAUUCAUUUCACAGAUGGCAGGUAUGAUGGGAAUGCAGGACAUGAAUGCAGACGACAUGUCAGGAAAAUUAGACGAUAUGAUGACAACAAUUCGACAAGUCAAUGAACAAUUUAAAAAUGCAGACCAGACAACUUUUGUGUGUGUUUGUAUAGCCGAGUUUUUGUCCUUGUAUGAAACAGAAAGACUUGUUCAACAACUGAUGCAAUUUGGUAUUGACACACACAAUAUUGUAGUGAACCAGUUACAUUUUCUUGCCAAGGGAGAUAAGCCAUGUAAACUAUGUGCAUCUAGACAUCGUAUUCAAGCAAAAUAUCUAGAUCAGAUUGCAGACCUGUACGAGGAUUUCAAUGUGACAAAGCUACCAUUGCAAGAAGACGAGGUCAGAGGAGUAGAAAAAAUAAAGUCAUUCUCAGAGCAUUUGGUGAAACCAUAUAAUCCAGACGAGACAUGAUGCAAGAUUUAAUUAAACAUUUAUGCUUUUAACAUUCAUGUUUCAGUUUGUAGGACCAUCUAAAAAUUCAAGUUCACAUGUAUGACCCAGUUUUGUCCUUUGGCCUACUGAAAAUGUAAUUUUCAGAUUCAUAUUCUGCUUUGGGCAUUCUAAAAAUUCCAUACAUUAUAGUCAUUAACAUGUGCUGAUCAGUUAAAGCUCUAUUGUGCGAAAACCACUGUUAGGGUUUUCAACCAGUAUGGAUCAAGAUCAGCCUACACAUCUUUGCAGUCUCAUCUGGAUCCAUUAUUUUUGCUCUUUUUUUUUUUUGGCAUACAAGUGCUGAAAUUUAUGAACAGUAUAGAUGUUGGGAUAAACACAAAUAGUUUGUAUGUGCAUUUAUCUGGAUCCUUGCUGGCGUGGUCGAGUGGUUAGGGUCACUGACUAAAUCACUUGCCCUUCGUCAAUGUGGGUUCAAGCCUCACUCGGGGCAUUGAAUUCUUCAUGUGAGGAAGCCAUCCAGCUGGCUUACGGAAGGUUGGUGGUUCUACCCAGGUGCCCGCUCGUGAUGAAAUAAUGCACGGAGGGGCACCUGGGGUCUUCCUCCACCAUUAAAUCUGGAAAGUAGCCAUAUGACCUAUCAUGUGUCGGUGCGACGUUAAAUCCAACAAAAAAAAAAAAAAUUGCUGAAAGUAAAGCCCUAAGGUUGGUUUUCGCACAGCUGUGCUCAAUUAUUAUGUCUCCCACCACACAAUGGUGUGGGAGACAUAUUGAUUUACUCCAGUCUGUCUGUCUGUCACAAAGCUUGUCCGCACUCUAAGUCGAACAUUUCUCAUCCGAUCUUCACCAAACUUCAACAAAAUGUGUCUGCCAAUAAGUGCUCGGCCAAGUUCAAUAACUAGCCAAAUCGGCCAAGGCACUUCGGAAUUAUGGCCCUUGAAUUACCAAAAAACACUCAGAUUUCUUGCACAGUUUUGCCCCCAAACCGGCGCCUAUACUACUAGUUGUAUAGGCGUCCUUUUGGUGUCAAGAAAGGGCAUGCACAUGUGGAUUAAGUAAACAGUAUAUAAAGACUGACUUACUAUUUAGAUGAUUAGGCAGUUGUGGGAGACAUGCGCUUUUCUCAAAAGCAUCUCUAGUUCAUUUUGAUUCUCAACUUUUAGAUGGAGUCA